AUUCAAGAUGACACAACGUCUCACCGACACCAUGAAAUGGUUGUGGUGCCUUUUGGUAUUAUAUUCCGGGCCAACAUGGAGUCCAGUAAGAUGUGUUACGGUCAGAACACCGCCAAAGAAUCCCACAACAGUAGAAGCACAAGCUAAAUUCUUUCAGGACUUUUUCUCAGUACAGUUAAGUCCGUACAAGAUCGAAUUCGGACAUGUCUGUGAGGACCCGAACAAUUGGGAACAACGCUACGAGAAGAAAGAUUACAAGAAUCACAGGGACAUGGGCAAAGUCCGCUGGGGGGAUAAAAAAGGAGGCUACGGUGAACACUACUGGGACUUGAACCACGCAGGCCAUGCGGGAGACCACGGAGAUGAAGCGUACGAUAGCCCAGACGAUAGUUCGUACCACGAGGACAGACAGGAACCGUAUGAAGAACCCAGUGAACAAGUACACAAGUAUGAUGAUGAAGACGGAUAUGGACCCGAAUACCCAUCGAAGUACGAUGAACCCAAUAGAGCUAAAAGGGCAAAUACAAAAAGAAAUCUGAAGAAAGCUAAAGGUGAACAAGACCGACAAAAAGCUCAAGAAAAAACCAAAACCGAAGAAUCGACAGAAACAAAACCAGUUGAUGAAUAUGACGCUGAAGCCAGUGAAGAAAAGGAAACAUAUGAAAUAAAAACAAAACAAAAAUCCCAAAGAAUAGAAAAAGAACACAAAUCAGAGGAACCAGUACAACCGAGAGAAAAGAAUCACGUAGUUCUAAUUUUAAGCCAAAAAGAAAGAAAUACACCAGAAACUGGUGAUCAGACACCUCGUACCAAAGAAGAUGCAAAGCAUUACGUUCCCUACGAAGGAGGCGCUGGAGUGAGACAGCAUCAGUAUCCAGAAGUGAUACGGACCGCUGGUCCUCGACUCUUUCUAGAACCUUCAACUGGUCAUGUUGUAGACAGAGCCACCGGACAAGCGUACGUUUUGCAACCCCUUGUUCAUAAACCUAGUUCUAGUUAA